AAUGUUCUUCAUCUGUGUCCAGAAGCUUUCCAGAAUGGAUAAAUCCUGUGAAACUAUUGAGCACAGUCCGUAACUCUUGGAGACACACUCAGAUCUCAGAAAAGAAUCUUGAUAAAUGGGAAGAUAAGGACUCUGGAUUCAGAAGCAGAGAAGAACAUCAGAGUGAAGGAAGAGAGAAUCUUUACCAAACAGAGUCCUUGGAAACAGAGGGUUUGCUCCAAAAUUUCACACAGCUACUACUUCUACAAAAAUCUUGCCCAAGAGGCCGGGACACCUUGGUCAGGGAAAGCUGGCAUCAAUGUGUAGCAGAGGAGAGAGGACAUCUGAUUGAGAUCCAAGAUUUAUUUCGUCCAAGCCCAGAUACCCAGGAAGAGCCUCAACUAGUCAUAUUAGAGGGGGCUGCUGGGAUUGGGAAGUCAACGCUGGCCAGGCAGGUGAGGAGAGAAUGGGGAGAAGGCCAGCUCUACAGGAAUCGCUUCCAGCAUGUCUUCUACCUCAGCUGCAGAGAGCUGGCCCAGUGCCAGCAGCUGAGUCUGGCUGAGCUCAUAGCAAAAGACCAGGCUGUGCCUGAGACUCCCAUCAGGCAGGUCCUGUCUCACCUUGAGAAGCUGCUCUUCAUCCUGGAUGGCAUAGAUGAGCCAGCAUGGGUCUUGAAGGAGCAGAAUCCUCAGCUCUGUCUGCACUGGAGCCAGCCACAGCCUGUGCACAGACUGCUGGGCAGUUUGAUGAGGAAAUCCAUGCUUCCUGGGGCUUCCUUGCUACUCACAGCUAGGACCACAGCUCUCCAGAAAUUUAUUCCUUCCUUGUGGCAGCCACGUUGGGUGGAAGUCCUGGGUUUCUCUGAGUCUGGACGGAAGGAAUAUUUCAACAAAUAUUUUUCAAAGAAGAGCGAAGCAAUUACAGCUUUUAGCUUGGUUGACUCAAACCCAGUUCUCUCAACACUAUGUCUGGUGCCCUGGGUAUCCUGGCUGGUCUGCACUUGCCUGAAGCAACAGAUGGAGCAGGGAAGAGACCUCUCACUGACCUCACAGACAACCACAGCCCUCUGCCUGAAAUACCUUUACCAGACUCUCCCAGAGUGUACCCUGGGGACACAGCUCAGAGGACUCUGCUCAUUGGCUGCUGAGGGGAUCUGCAGAAGAAGGACCCUGUUCAGUAAGAGAGAUCUCUGUGAGCAAGGGUUAUCUGAUGAUGUCAUUGCCACUUUCCUGAAGAUGGGUGUCCUUCAAAAGCAGCCCAGCUCUUUGAGCUACAGCUUUGCCCACUUGUGUCUCCAGGAGUUCUUUGCAGCAAUGUCCUGCAUCUUGGGGAAUAAUGAGGAGAAACAUGGUGGUAUGGAAAUCUACAGAAUUGUGGAAACACUGAUAGAAGUGUAUGGAAGGCAAGACCUGUUUGAGGCACCCACCAUACGCUUCCUGUUUGGCCUUUUGAGUAAACAAGGGGUAAACAAAAUGAAGAAAAUCUUAACUACCCACUUGCGUCUGCACACCUUAUGGGAAAUGCUGGAUAAAGCCAGGGCAUUGCCCCAGCACCAGAAUCUCUAUUCUCUGGGAUUGUUUCAUUGUUUUUAUGAGACUCAGAAUGAAAAGUUCCUGACACAGGUGAUGAACAAUCUUCAAGAAAAAAAGGCAUGUGACACGACAGAUAUGACACACCCAGGGUUCCAGACAAAUGUGAAGCACCUGGUGGUCCAGACAGACAUGGAGCUCAUGGUGGUCACUUUCUGCAUUAAGUACUGCCACCAUGUGAAGAGGCUUCAGCUGAAUUGGAAUGAACAUCAGGGACCAACUCUGAUGACCCCCAGGAUGGUUCUGUCCAGGUGGAACCCUAUCACAGAUACCAGUUGGAAGAUUCUCUUCUCCACUCUUGAGUUCACAGGAAGCCUGGAGGAGCUGGAUCUAAGUGGAAAUCCAGUGAGCCUCUUUGCACUGUGUAGACUUUGUAAGAUCCUGAGAGGCCAUGGAUGUCAUCUUAGGACAUUGUGGCUUGUCAACUGUGGCCUUACAUUCAAACACUGUGUGGACCUGGCCUCAGUGCUCAAGGCUAGAACUAGCCUGCUUGUGCUAGACCUGCAGCUGAAUGACCUGGGUGACCUUGGUGUGAGGCUGCUGUGUAAGGGGAUAAGGAGUCGGAAAUGCAACCUCAGAAUCCUGGGACUGGACCAGGCCCCUCUCAGUGACCAGGUGAUGAUGGAGCUCAGGGCCCUGGAGGCAAAGAAUCCACGGCUGCUCAUCUCCAGCACAUGGUAA